AUUCCAGCUUACACUCAUAUUAAAAUACAUAUUUAUAUAUAUAUAUAUGGUGUAUAAUGUUCAACACCAGCCAGCUGCAAGAAUGGCAGAAGCAGCAGAGGUCGCCAACGACCUCAAGGCAGAGCAGCAGCACAACCUCAACCUCAUCUUUGUUUCCACAAGCUACUAAUACACAACCACAGCACAAUAAAAAUAAAACACAAUCUGUAUUGUUUCCUACAAAUACUCCUCAUAACGUAGGCAAAAGUACGUCCCAGCAGCCAUCACUGUACAGCAAUAUGCCGCCAGUGACCAGUAGUACAUCUGCAUCGUUAUUUCCGUCCAACCCCCCUGUACAUACAAGCAACAAUACACAAAAUACGCGUCCGAACAACAAUGGUGGCAUACCUACACCGACAGGUGCAUCUCUCUUUGGUCCUGCGUCUACCUCAAACUCGAGCAUGAACGCGAAUGUGAGUUCAUCGACCAAAACUAACCAAGCACCCCCGCCUUUGUUUGGCAGCUACACGCCUAGCCAUGCGACUGCGAACACUCGGGUAUCUAAUUCGGGUAUUAAUAAUAAUAUUAAUCCUCAUACCCAUACCAAUACUGGUACACACUCACUGUUUGGUGUGGCGCCCAGCACACGCACUGCGGCGGGUGGACAGCAUUUGAGAACGGACAGCACCGACAGUAGAGCAAGUAGUUACGGCACCCGACUGUCACAGUCGCAGGCAUAUGUACAUACACAGCCAUUGCACACACAAAGGCAGGCGAGUGUGACUGGUAAUAGUCAUUCGUCCUUUCAGAGAGAUACGCAGCCCUCCAGUACAACUCCAAGUGGGUCUACCAGAAACUCACUUGUAGGAGGCGCUGAUGGUAUUAUGUCGUUGAAUACCGGUACGGUAAACCAGGAUGUAGAUACAGAUAGCAAUAUAGAUACACGUACGAGUAUUAGUUCAGAAGGUCUAGCGAAGUUUCCCACCAUACCCACUGGACCAUUGGAGCGCAACGAUUCCACGGACUCGCUAGACGGGUUGUUCCGCACACCUGUGCCAGCUGAUAUCAAACCAAGCACUACAGCUACCCUGCCAACACGUUCAGAUACUGUAGUAGCACCCACACAACAACAACAACAACAACAACAACAUCGAACGCAGCAAGUAUAUCAGCCGGCACUACAGCACACCCAGGUAGAGCCGCAGGCCUUCCCACCCACACACCCGCCAACGCAACCACCGGUAGAAUACAGCACGCAGCCACAAACAUCUUCAGAUAAUUUACAACAAACUAUGCCCGGAUAUUUGCCUACGACGCUGAUUAACUCUGAGAGCGUAUUCCCUGCAGCACCGCCUGUGUGGAAGAGUUCUGGUCUUCCUGUAUCCACAUUCACUCCGUCACAGCCUCAAAGCAACUCAGGUCAAUCGACAGCGGAAGGACAACACACUGAUGAAACGCCCUCUCGCAUGCAGUCAUCUACUGCAGAUGGGCUAGAGGAUGCACAGGCUUUUAAUAGAACGGGCAGUAGUGCGUCGACAGCCGUGCAGAGGUCAGGGAGUAUACCUACCCCGAGACUUGGGGCGCCACCGAUGUUUAAUCCUACACCGGUAUUUGGUGCCCCGCCCGUGUUUAGUGCACCCCCGCAACCAGCUCACGAUGUGGCGGCGUCAUUUCAGGUGAGAACGGUGUAUGCUGUGGUAUAG